AUGGCUGCAACAGAUAUUGAAAACAAUAGUGAUACUCUCACAUCAUCAAUGAGUCAACACACAACAACAACAACUAAAAGUGUACCGAUAUAUAAUGCCUCAUCAUCUCAUGAACAUUCUCAUUCAUGUAAUGAUCCAUCUCAUCAUCAUCAUUAUCCACAUAUGUUCGAUGAAGAUCAUGAACAAUUAGCAGCAGCAGCUGCUAAAAAUGAAAUGUUAAUGAAACGAAAAGCGAAGAAAAAUCAGAAACAUGAUACAACACGUGCUGAAUUAAUACCAGGUCAUCAAGGUGAUAAAAGUAUCGAUGAUUUACUUAAUUUUAUUAAUGGACCAUCAUCGUCAGGCAACAAUACCAAUAGUAAAAAAUCGAAAAAGAAAUCAGCAACAAAUAAUUAA